AUGAGGAACCGAGACAUUGAAGAAAAUGUGUGGGAGCCCGUUGCUCCCCGCCAUCGCGAGACGCCAGACGUCGAAACUCCCGAGACUAGGCGGGUGAGCCCUACAGAACGAAAGAGGCAACGACCCUCUGUAAGGGAGCGAGAAUCAGAUCAGACAACAACGACCGAGGUUGUAGACCAAGCGACGAUAUUACUGAAUGCGGAGGACCACUUGCAAGUGACGGAAGAUGAUCUUUUAGAAGCCAGGGCGAUCGCAGCGCAAUUCACAUUAGAAGAGGUCAAGCUGUUAAUGCAAAAGGUGCACAAGGUGCAUAGGCACGACCCUAACCUUCCAUUAACAGUGGUGACGAGGAUAGAAGAAUUUAUAGGGAACGAGUCAAUCUUCGAACACCCCGAGAAACACCAGGCUCUUAUCCAAGAGAUGAAGCUUGAGGCUGCGCUCAUAACGAACAGCAGCCCCUAUGCGGAAGUGCGCGCGAUAGUCGAGAACGAAGACGACCCGAACACACCAUGUUCAACCAUUCGAGCCUGGGCCAUUGGUCUUCUUUUCUCAUUCGCUCUGUCGCUCGUCAACCAGAUAUUUUCCAUGCGCCUGCCGCCACUGCUCAUCAUGUCGAGUGUUGCGCAGUUUUUGGCCUAUUUCCUAGGAAAGCUUUGGGAGGUGUCCCUCCCCGACGUAGGGCUGACGAUUCGAGGAGUGCGCCACAGCCUGAACCCCGGACGGUUCUCGCGGAAAGAGCACAUGCUCAUCACCAUGAUGGCCAAUGUCGCCUUUAGCCCGCCGUACACAAACACGGUUGUCUGGAUUCAGUACUUGCCCCACUACUUUAACCAAGCGUUUGCAGGUACUUUCGGGUAUCAGAUCCUCGUCGGCCUCUCCACCAACUUCAUCGGUUACGGCCUAGCAGGCAUCGCCCGACGCUUCCUCGUCUACCCCUCGUACUGCAUUUGGCCGACAUCGCUCGUCACCAUUGCCCUGAACACAUCGCUCCGGAGGGCGUCGCACAAGACCGUCGAAGGGCCGGGUAGGACAAGCUGGAUGUCGUGGAUCGAUCCCCUCAACCGCGACCUAAACACCGUGACCGGGUUCAACAAUGGCCUUGGCCUCAAUCCCUGGCCAACAUUCGACUGGAACGUCCUGCUCUGGGACAACGUUGAUCCCCUAACGAUUCCGUUUUUCAGCACCUUUAACAAGUUUAUCGGUGCCUUUAGUUCCAUGUUUGUGGUCCUCGGCAUCUAUUACAAGAACGCCUACGGCACGGGCUACCUUCCCAUCAACUCGAACCGCUUCUACGACAAUCAAGCCUUCCAGUACCGAGGCUCCUUCGUUAUUGGCGAGGAUCGCAUGAUUGACCAAAAGGGAUACGAGACUUAUUCGCCGCCCUUUAUCUCGGCCGGCAACAUUGUCAUCUUUAUGUCAUACUUUGCCCUUUACACGGCGUUGAUAACGUGGGCCACGCUCUACCACCGACAGGUAAUUGUGGCCAACGCCAAGUCUUGGUGGGCCAGCAUUCGAGGCAAGGGAGAUAGCGAUGGUGCCCGCGUGCCCGAUGUCCACAACCGCCUCAUGGAAUCAUACAGAGAGGUACCAGAGUGGUGGUAUCUCGUUAUCCUCGUCAUUGCUACGGUGUUGGGCGUCGCUGGGGUUGCUGCCUACGAGACGGACACCACGCCGGGUGUGGUAUUCUACGGACUUGCACUCGCGCUCAUCUUUGUCGUGCCGGUGGGCCUCUUGAAGGCCACUACCGGUAUCGAGGUUACGUUGAACGUGCUCGCCGAGUUCAUCGGAGGCGCCAUGGUGGAAGGCAACGCGACGUCGAUGAACUACUUCAAGACCUUUGGCUACGUGACGUGCGCCCAGGCCAUCAAAUUCUCCAACAACUUGAAGCUCGGCCACUACGUCAAGGUGCCCCCGAGGCAAUCGUUUAGCGCGCAAAUCGUGGCCACUCUUCUCUCGACGGUUGUCUGCACCGGGGCUCAGCUCUACCAGAUGCACAAGGUGCCCAACGUGAUAUGGGGCCCCAACGGCGUUUACACGGAGACCCUCAUUGGAUUCCCCCUGGGCGCGGUUGCUGUGCUCGUCAUGUAUCUCAUCUCGACCAAGUUCACCAAGUGGACGUGGCUGAGGCAGGUUCACCCCGUUGCGCUGAUCUAUGGCGGCAUUCAAUGGGCGCCUUACAACAUGAGCUACAUGUGGCCGGCGGUUCCCAUCUCGUGGCUGUCGUGGAUCUACUUUAAGAAGCGGUUCUUGGGGCUGUGGUCCAAGUACAACUACACGCUAUCCGCAGCCUUCUCCACGGCGAUUGCGAUCAGUGGGAUCAUCAUGUACUUCACCGUCGAAUGGUACAACGUUAAGAUCGACUGGUGGGGGACCGAGGUCAACUCAAGGGGAUGCGAAACGACACCAUGCAUCCUGCACCAGCUUGAGGACAUGACGGAAUAUUUCGGGCCUAGGAUAGGCGAAUUUCAUUAG